UAAUAUCUGCUUGUGACUAUAUGGUUGUAAAUAUCCCCCCCCAAAAAAUCGAAUUUAAGAGAAGAAGAGACUUCUUCAGUCUAACAAAGUUUACUCAGCUACUGGACUCAGCUCACUUUGCCUUUGAGUUUACUGAGAGAGCAAGAGAUAACUAAAGGAGCAAGAGAUAAUUGAGAGGACAAGAGGUUACUUUUUGACUCGAUAAAACUGCACUAACAAGCGAUUAACUAUCACCACAAUGUCUCUUAAAAACACUAAGAAACAGAGCCAAACUCUACCAUUAUUCCUGGACACAACCCAUUGGUAUGGGAUCACUCCUCCUAUAAGUGAAGAUAUACCAGAGGAAGCUGACCUGAUCCAGACCAGAAAGAUGGUUGAAGAGCUGAAAUCAUGUGGUGCACUUGAGAUAGGCACAAAAAAGCAACACAGAGAAAAUGUUGUCAAGAGUCUGGAGUCUCUCUAUAAGAAGUGGCUCACAGAGACCUGUGAAAGUAUGAAUUUACCUGAAGUGGUGACAGCAAAGGUUGGAGGCAAAAUCUUCCCAAUUGGCUCCUAUCAUCUGGGAGCUUACUCAAAAGGUGCUGAUAUUGACAUCCUGUGUGUCGGACCUGGAUUUCUGCAGAGGAAGGACUUCUUCAGGUCCUUUUCUGAGAAGCUGAAAGCUCAAAAAGAGGUCAAAGGCUUAAUGGUCAUUGAAGAUGCGUUCGUCCCAGUCAUCAAAUUCUCUUAUGAUGGGAUUGAGAUUGAUCUGGUUUUUGCCCGGGUGGUACAGAAAAUCAUCACUGAAAGUAUUAACCAUGACCACAUUCUGACAGCCAUGGAUAAACAAAGUGUCAGGAGUCUCAAUGGUUUCAGAGUCACAGAGGAGAUCCUCAGAAGUGUGCCAAAUGUUUUUAACUUCCGGCUGACACUGAGAGCCAUCAAGCUUUGGGCCAAACGACGUGGUAUAUACUCCAACAUGAUGGGGUUCCUGGGUGGUGUCUCAUGGGCCAUGAUGGUUGACAGAGUCUGCCAGUUAUACCCAAAUGCCACAGCAUCCACCCUGGUGAACAAAUUUUUCAAGAUGCACGAUAUGUGGGAGUGGCCAAUCCCAAUUGUUUUGAAGAAAACGGUGGACUGCGGCCUCAAGUUCCCUGUUUGGGACUAAUCUAGGUGACCGCUCACACCUGAUGCCUGUGAUCACCCCUGCAUACCCACAGCAGAACUCUACCUGCAAUGUGUCUCGCUCCUCCUUAGCUGUUAUAACAGAGGAGAUCAAGAGAGGAUAUGAAAUCACUGAAUAUAUCCGGCAGAAACAAGAAAGCUGGUCCAAAUUAUUUGAAGCUUCAGACUUUUUGGAGCAGUACAAGUAUGUAUUCUGGAGUUUAGAGAAGAAUAUGUGUGUUUACAUGUACUAAAUACCCUCAGAUAUAUACUACUUCCUUAAAUGUGGACACUAGCCAUUUUUUUGUAAUUCUUUAUCACUUUGAUGAUCUGAAAUAGACAUCUGUUUACUGUAGAACUUGAUAACUUUUUUAAAAUUACACAAUUAAAGCUAUGUAUUUUAUUUAAUAUUGUAUAGUAGAAGAUCUGUAUGUUUUUGGCUGUAAAAAGAAAAUCCUGUAAAAGUGUUGUGAUUCCCUUAUUGUGGUACCCUGUUUUGUGUCGUGCUCAAAACAAAUGAUUUUAUGCAGAUGAUGUACUAUAAAUGCAUUACUCUGUGUUAUGUAGUCUUGAAUGAAGUUGUUUUUACACAUUGUGUUAUUUCGUGUAUGAAUUUGGAAUGGAAGGUAAUUUUAUUAUUAGCUUUAAAGAGACUUGUGGCCUUUCCCCCAAAAACACUAACUUA